GGCCGGCUGGCGACGGCGUGCUCCGGGCCAGUCUCCAGCUGGACGCAGAGUGCGGACGGCCCCUGAGCCUGGUGAGGUAGCACCGCACAGCCGCCGACAUGGUGGCCUCAUACACCCGCCUGGGGGUGCUGAUGGUGGCGUGCGCCGCCGUCCUGCUGGCCCAAACCGAGGCGCAGAAGGGGGUGCUCACUCCAAAGGCGCCGAACUUCCAGUACUUCGAGAGACCCAAGUACCGAUACCCGUACUACGAUGAGAAAGGAAGAGGCAAGCUUCUCUACGGAUACGGCGGCUCCGACCUGUACCAGUACAAGACUUACUCCCCGCUGGAGGGCAUCCAUUAGGUGUUAGGACAUUAAGUUAACGUUGGCUGCACAGCACAUGUCAUGGUGCACACUUCAACCCGUCAUCCCUCAUCCAGGUCUUACAACGGGCGUUGUUCGCACUGGACAUGCCUGCGCAAAUCAUCGCUCCACUUAUCAUUUUCAUCGAACUAUUUCAUUAUCAUCAUCAUUAUCAUCAAAUCAUCAUCAUAAUUAUCAUCACCACCAUAAAUAUCAUAUCACAAUCAUCAUUCCAUCUUGAUCACCCACAUUUGAUUUCACUUAACACCGUCCUUGCUAUCAUCUGAAAUUUGAUGUAUCAUAUAUAUUAUCCUCCAAAUUUACAUACUUUUAGGUGUAUCGUGCAAAUUAUCAUUGACUCCAAACGCAUCGAUGCCAUUGCUCAGUGUGCCAAUACCUAAACUGCGUUAAUAUUAAUGCUCAACCUAAUGCUUUAAUUUGUGAUACUUCGAUCUCUUUUUAGAUAAGACGCCUCUAUCAAAAUGCGCCCACCAUUUAUUAUUUCAUGGAUACGUCGCACACAUUUUGUGUCCCCUUCCUUUUCUCCAUUACCAACUCAUUAUCAUAUCAUCAUCAUAUCAUCGUCAUUAUCAUUAUCAUCAUGUCAUCAUUUUAUCAUCUUCAUCAUCUACCAUUAAUCAUCCAUCAUUUAUCAUCCAUCAUUUAUCAUUCAUCACUUAUCAUCCAUCAUUUGUCAUCCAUCAUUUAUCAUUCAUCAUUUGUCAUCCAUCAUUUAUCAUUCAUCAUUCAUCAUUUAUCAUCCAUCAUUCAUCAUCCAUCAUUUCACAUCCAUUAUUUGUCAUCCAUCAUUUGUCAUCUAUCAUUUGUCAUUUGUCAUUUAUCAUUUGUCAUCUAUCAUUUGUCAUCUAUCAUUUGUCAUCUAUCAUUUGUCAUCUAUCACAUUUAUCAUCUAUCAUUUGUCAUCUAUCAUUCAUCUAUCAUUUGUCAUCUAUCAUUUGUCAUCUAUCAUCAUCAUUAAUCAUUAUCAUCAAUCGUUUCCCAUCACCCAUAUCAUUCCUCAUGAUAAUCAAUCAUUUCAACAUUGUAGCACCGCCAGAAACAUUCCCAGAAUGUUCCCUGAACGUACAGCGAACAUUCAUAGAAAGAUUCGAGCUACUAUGGCAUCAUUCGCAUCAUUUAUUCACCAAACUCAUCAUCCAUUUAUACAUCUCAUCACUCAUUUCAGUUAUCACGACAUUCAUUCACCAAUAUGACUCUUUAUGAUUUUUCUUCUUAACUUCUCAUUCUCAUAAGAAAUUUCUAAUUUUUCGGAAAUCAUUCAUCAUUCAUUCUCAUCUAAUCAAUCAUUGAUCAUUAGAUUAAUGUUUCGCAUUCUCAUCUAUUAUUAUCAUGAGGUUAAUGAUUCUCAUUCUCACUUACCAUUGAUCAUGAGAUUAAUGGUUCUCACUCUCAUUUAUCAUUAAUCAUGAGAUAAAUGAUUCUCAUUCCCACCCAUCAUUGACAUCAAUGAUUCUCAUUCUCAUAAACCAUUGUCGUCAAAGAUUCUCAUUCUCAUUUGAUCAUUCUCAUCUUAUCAUUCUCAUCACUCGUUCUCAUCUCAUAACUCUCUCAUCUCAUUAUUCGCAUCUCAUCAUUAUUAUUGCCCCUCUGAUCAAUAAGUCUCACCAAUGAUUCUCAUUCACAUAAUUCUUUUUCAGAAUUCAUUCUCAUAAUUCAUUCUCAUCAUUUAUUCUCAUUCUCAUCAUUUAUUCUCUACUCAUCAUUUUUUCUCAUUCUCAUCAUUUUUUCUCAUUCUCAUCGCAUUUAUUCUCACUCUCAUCAUUUAUUCUCAUUCUCAUCAUCUAUUCUCAUCAGUCAUUGUCAUUCUCACGAUGCAGUGUCAUUCUCAUAAAACAUUGUCAUUGCUCAUCAUUCAUUCUCAUCCUUAUGCACCAGUGUCAUCCUUAUCAUUCAUUCUCAUUCAUCAUUGUCAUCAUCAUCAAUCAUUGUCAUUAUCAUCAAUCAUUGUCAUUCUCAUCAAUCAUUGUCAUUCUCAUCAACCAUUGUCAUUCUCAUCAAUCAUUGUCAUUUUCAUCAAUCAUUGUCAUUCUCAUUAAUCAUUGUCAUUCCCAUCAUUCAUUCUCAUUUCAUUUAUCAUUGACCAUGAGAUCUAUGAUUCUCAUUCUCAUCUAUCAUUGAUCAUGAGAUCAAUGAUUCUCAUUCUCAUCUAUUAUUGAUCAUGAGAUCAAUGAUGCUCAUUUUCAUCUAUCAUUGUCAUCAAUGAUUCACAUUCUCAUUUAUCAUUCUCAUCAAUCAUCCUCAUCAAUCAAUCGCACCAAUCAUUCUCAUCAAUCAAUCUCAUCAAUCAUUCUCACCAAUCAUUCUCACUCUCAUUCAUCAUUUUCAUUAAUGAUUCCUAUUCUCACUGUAGGAACGAAGGUGUUAACGGUUUACUGUUCUUAGAAAGGCAUUAAACAGAAUUAUUGCAGUAUUCCUGCAUAGUUUUGACUGUAAACACUGAAAGUUGAAAAAAACAAAACAAGCAGAAUGUGACCACAUUCUGGUCGCGCUGCACUAACACCUUUGUUUCUUCAGUGGGGUCCCCACAAUGCGACGCUUAUGAUAGCGCCUGCGACGCGCAGGGUAGACCAACCCACCAAGCAGCUGUGAGCAGCUGGCAGCACACUCAAAGCGUCCCUAUUGCGGGGGCUGCGGACAAUCAUUAGCAUUGACGCACCACGUCAUUCAUCUCAUUAUCAUUCAUCGUCAUUUUUCUCAUCAUUCAUCCUCACUAUUCAUUAUUCAUCAAACUCAUCUGAUCAUACUUUAUCAUUAUUCAUCUGAGCCCCCCCCCCCCCAACCCAAUCCAUUUUAAAGGAUUGGUUACCAUCAACCCUUAUCAUUCGCCCAAUUCAUUUAUCUCAUUCAUGAAUUAUUCACCUUCAUCCUUAUCCCAGUUAUCAUCAACUUGCACAUUCCCUUGUCGGGCAUUGUCAUUAUCAUCAUUCAUUACUUACGCUUCAAUGGACGAAGUUUUAAAAGCUGUACUAUUUGCAGUGGUGCCUAUUUUCAUAAACGUCACUGCCAUAUAUGUACUAAAAUAGCAGGCCUAGUAUAUUUGAUUUGGAUACAAACUAUCAUGAGUGAUGUGCCGACAUGUGCCGACAAGUGCAGCUGACGUUAGGUGAGCCGGCACGAUUUUAUUGUAAUCUGUCUUUCUUCUUCCUUCCUGUCUUAUAUGUUAGUUGGAAACAGUUUCCUGAUGCACAAUGCAAUGAAUGUAAAUGCGUGGUGUUUUUUGCACUUUGCUUAUUGGACGCGCAAUGCUAGGCGUCUUUCAGCUGAUGGUUGACAUCUCUUACAGUUUGCGCAUGCAUUAAUAUUCUUGAAUAAAUCUGUCAUUAAACUUGUAUAUUGUGAAAGUAAUUGCCAUGUACAAUUUUCCUUACGAAACCCUAGUCAGUCAACUUUUUCUUCUACUUUAUAGUGUUUGGAAAACUAGCUGUUGACAGGCUGGUGUCAACGCAACUUCUAUACUUUCUAUUUCGAAAUCAUUGUUCUCAGGUGCACGGUGUUCUCUAUCUUAAUUGCAACUAUUUGCGUCUUAGAGUAGUUCUAGAUAACUCGUUGGAUACUGUGUUUUUAAAUAAAUUAUGCCUGUUAAUGUUUUUCA